GUGUUGACUUACAGACAACCAGCAUUAAGCGCACGAACAGGAAUGUUCCAUCACAUGUCAGCUCCGUGACUUCCACCAAUGAGCGGCGUGUUGGUCAACGCUGAGCCGUCUUCCGUGCAGCUUCUCCCGCCUGCCAGAGGAGAGCAGUCGAGCUCGGGGUGGAAGAUGGCGGUGGUGGUGGGGAUGCUGCCUGCAAGUGGAUCUCCGCAGUUUUACCCCAAACCCUCCCUGGUGGACGUGGAAGACAACAAUGAGCGCCUUUAUGUCUUUUCUACGCUUUUUGGUCGGUUUUAACAAGGAUCUGUCGCCUUUUUUUUAAGUCAGUGGUCGUGUGAGUGCGUCGUCUUCUUGUCCGGAGACUUUUCCCCUCUGAGCUCCCACAGGCUGCGAGUGUGAAAGUGGACAAAAAUGUCGGAUACAAAAGUCAAAGUUGCAGUGAGAGUUCGGCCCAUGAACCGCAGAGAAAUGGAGCUGAAUACAAAAUGCGUGGUGGACAUGGAGGACAACCAGACACUUCUGCAUCCACCGCCCUCCAAUGCUAAAGGAGACAACAGCAGGAAGCAAGCUAAGGUGUUCGCCUUCGACCACUGUUUCUGGUCCAUGGAUGAGUCCAACGUUCCCAAAUAUGCUGGUCAAGAGGUGGUGUUCAAGUGCCUUGGAGAGGGAAUACUUGAAAAUGCAUUCCAGGGAUAUAAUGCUUGCAUAUUUGCCUAUGGACAAACAGGUUCUGGCAAGUCAUUUUCCAUGAUGGGGAACGGGGAGCAGCCGGGUUUGAUCCCUCGACUCUGCUGCUCGCUUUUCGAGAGGGUCCAGAGAGAAUCAAACGAGGCCCAUACUUUUAAAGUGGAAGUGUCCUACAUGGAAAUCUAUAACGAGAAGGUCCGCGAUCUACUGGAUCCCAAAGGGAGCCGGCAGUCUCUGAAGGUUCGGGAACACAAAGUCCUGGGUCCAUACGUGGAUGGUUUGUCUCAGCUGGCAGUGACCAACUUUGAGGACAUUGAGGUGCUCAUGUCGGAGGGGAACAAAUCUCGCACAGUGGCAGCCACCAACAUGAAUGAGGAGAGCAGUCGAUCUCAUGGAGUCUUCAGUAUUAUUGUCACACAAACGCUCUACGACCUACAGUCUGGGAAUUCCGGGGAGAAGGUGAGCAAGAUGAGUCUCGUUGACCUGGCAGGAAGUGAGCGAGUGUCCAAGACAGGAGCUGCUGGGGAGCGACUCAAAGAAGGCAGCAACAUAAACAAGUCUUUGACUACGCUAGGUUGUGUGAUUUCCGCAUUAGCGGAUCAGUCUGCAGGGAAGGGGAAGGCCAAAUUUGUGCCUUACAGAGACUCUGUCCUUACCUGGCUGCUCAAGGACAAUCUUGGUGGAAACAGUAAAACGGCUAUGAUAGCCACAGUGAGUCCUGCAGCAGAUAACUAUGAAGAGACUCUUUCCACUCUGCGCUACGCCGAUCGAGCCAAAAGGAUCGUCAACCACGCCGUGGUGAACGAGGACCCCAAUGCUCGCAUCAUUCGGGAACUCCGAGAGGAGGUGGAGAAGCUCAAAGUCCAGCUAUCUCAGGCGGAGUCCUUGAAGUCACCUGAGCUAAAAGAUAAGCUACAUGAAUCUGAGAAACUCAUCAUGGAGAUGACCGUCACUUGGGAGGAAAAGCUUCGAAAGACUGAGGAGAUCGCCACGGAGCGCCAGAAGCAGCUGGAGAGCAUGGGCAUCUCUUUGGAAACAUCCGGGAUAAAAGUGGGUGAAGACAAGAGUUUCCUGGUCAAUCUGAACGCUGACCCGGCCUUAAAUGAGCUACUGGUCUACUACCUGAAGGAGCUCACGCAUGUCGGCGCUGACACUUCUCAGGACAUCCAGCUCUUUGGGAUCGGUAUCCAGCCGCACCAUUGUGUCCUGGAGCUGUGCCAAGAUGGUGACGUCACUUUGACGCCCAUAGGGAACGCCCGGACCUGCGUGAACGGAACAAUGAUUGAUUCUUUGGUCCACCUCUGGCAUGGGGACCGUAUCUUAUGGGGCAACAACCACUUUUUUAGGAUAAAUCUUCCUAAACGAAAGCGGCGGGAUCGUUUGAAGGAGCUGGAGAGGGUCUCUCCCAGGGAGAGCUUUGUGGAGAUGGAUGUGGAGACGGCCAGCGAGGCUUCUUCUGAGCAGGACUACAGUUAUGAGUUUGCCCAGAUGGAGGUCAUAAUGAAGACUCUUGGGAACAAUGACCCCAUGCAGAAUGCUGUCCAGGUUCUGGAGAAGCAGUACCUGGAGGAGAAGCGCACAGCUCUGGAGGAGCAGAGGAUGAUGUACGAGCGAGAGCUGGAAUCGCUACGACAACAGCUUUCUCCAGAGAAAACACAACAGCACCACCGCAGCAGCAGUGAACGCCUCACGUUCCAGAUGCACACACCACACAGCAAGCUGCAACUGUGGACAGAGGAAAGGGAUGAACUUUUCCGCCAGAGUCUUUCUCGGCUGAGGGAGCAGGUCCUAAAAGCCAACACGCUGGUGCGAGAGGCCAACUUUUUGGCUGAGGAGAUGAGCAAACUGACCGACUAUCAGGUCACGCUUCAGAUUCCUGCAACCAACCUUAGUGCCAACCGCAAGCGUGGAGCCAUAGUGAGUGAGCCGGCUAUUCAGGUGCGCAGGAAGGGGAGGGGAACUCAGGUGUGGACGAUUGACAAGCUGGAGAACAAGCUGGUGGACAUGAGAGACCACUACAGGGACUGGAAGGAAGGCUCGGAGGAGAUGUUGCAGUACAACAAGGCAAAUGGUAAACACUCUGACCCAUUUUACGACGCACAAGAGAACCACAAUCUUAUAGGAGUGGCCAACAUUUUUCUGGACUGCCUUUUCCAUGAUGUCAAGCUGCAAUACGCUGUUCCCAUCAUCAGUCAACAGGGGGAGUUAGCCGGCAGGUUGCACGUAGAGCUGAUGCGAAUCAGCGGCACUGUGCCUGAGCGCCUAUCUGGUGGAGACGACUCCUCUGAGAACUCAAGUGAGAGCAGCUGCUACGAGGUGAUGGACACCAAUGGAGAGAUUGUCCACAUGGCCAAGAGGCUCAUUAUCAGGGUUCGCAUCAGGGAGGCAACAGGGCUGCCUCCCAACCUGUCCAACUUUGUCUUCUGUCAGUACACUUUCUGGGAACAUGGCGAGCCCACAGUGGCUCCUCCAAUGGUGAGCCCAGACAGGCCGUCCUCUCUGAGCCCAGAUACACAGUUUCCAGUCCAGUUUGACCACUGUAAGGACUAUGUUGUUCAUGUGACAGAUGACUUUUUGGAGUUCAUAUCAGACGGAGCCUUGGCGAUAGAAGUGUGGGGUCACUGCUGUGCUAAAAAUGGACGCCGUCCGUGGGAGUUAGAUGCACUGGAAGCCAAGACUCAAACACUCCGAGACAGGUGGAGCGAAGUGUCUCGCAGGAUCGAGCUGUGGGUCUCCAUCCAGGAGCUGAAUGAGCAGGGAGAAUACUCUGCCGUGGAGCUGCUUCCUGGAAAAGACAUCAGCACAGGAGGAGUCUUCCAACUGCGGCAGGGUCACUCCAGGAGGCUUCAUGUUAGCGUGAAGCCGGUCCAGAACUCAGGCACCCUGCCUCUGCUGAUGGAGGCCUUGUUGUGUGUGUCUAUCGGCUGUGUGACGGUGCGAUCCUCCAAACUGCAGAGACCCCUUGAUACCUACCAGAGAGAGGUGGAAGACGAUAUGGAUAGUUAUCAGGAAGAAGAUUUGAGCUGUGUAAGAGAGCGAUGGUCAGACGCUCUGAUCAAACGACGAGAGUACCUUGAUGAACAGAUCAAGAAGAUCAUCAACAAGCACGAGAAGUCAGAGGAGGAUGUUGAGCGUGAAGCCCGGCUGGUGGAACAAUGGGUCGGCCUUACUGAGGAGAGAAACGCAGUGCUCGUACCCACACCUGCAAGUGGCAUCCCGGGAGCUCCUGCUGACUGGACCCCACCUGCUGGUUUGGAGGCUCACAUUCCAGUACUCUUCCUGGAUUUGAACGCUGAUAAUCUGACUGUGAAUGAGCAGCUGACAGGCCCACAUGCUGCAGGUGUUAACUCUAUCCUUCCCAAAGAGCAUGGAAGCCAGUUCUUCUAUCUGCCUAUCAUCAGGCAUAGUGAUGAAGAGGUGUCUGCACUGUGCUCCUGGGACUCAUCCAUCCACGAUUCCGUACACCUCAACCGGAUCACAUCUCCACACGAGCGCAUCUACAUGAUCCUCAAAGCCACAGUGCAGCUCAGCCACCCCGCCUCUAUGGAGCUGGUCCUCCGCAAGAGGCUGGCUGUCAACAUCUACAACAAACAGAGCUUCACACAGAGCCUCAAAAGGAGAAUGUCCCUCAAAAACACACUUUACUCUUGUGGUGUGACCUAUGAAAUUGUGUCCAACAUACCAAAGGCCUCGGAGGAGCAGGAAGAAAGAGAGACCUUGGCCCUCAUGGCUGCUCGUGCAGACAGCGAGGAGACUCAGGAUGGAGAAACUUACAUCGAGAAAUACACUCGAGGAGUUCUGCAAGUGGAGAACAUCCUGAGUUUAGAGAGGCUACGACAGGCUGUGACGGUAAAAGAGGCGGUGGCUGCCAAGGGACGUCAUCUCAGAAGAAGCAUCAGUACACCCAAUGUACAACAUUCGCCCUGCAGUAAAACAGACCUGACUGGCUAUGAGGAUGAAGACUGCAAGAACCACUGUGAUCGUGUCGACAGCUGCAACCCUCAGGAUGGCUCGCUAUGCAGCACACCUGUGAAGAACAAGGAGGGUCCAGUUCCAGAGAGUCCUACAUUCUUCAACACGAGUCCCUUCAAGCUUCUGUCCCCGCAGCCGUCUAAGUUCCUCAAGUCCCUGCUGCCUGUUAAGGAGGAGAACAAGGUGAAGAAAGUCCUGGAGUCACGUCCAUUGCUUGGACAGGAGAGCAUGCGCUCAUGUGUGGACAGCCCUGCACUGCUCCCCCCUCCCUGCCCCUGGCGCAGACCCAGGGCAGGCAGCGAGGGCCACUGCAAGCCUUCCACCCCCACUGUUACCUCCACCUCCACCUGCAGACAGCUCAGCCGCACACUGCCUCAGGGUGCUCACGAGUCCGAUGAGGAGACUGACGUGGAUGUGACUCUCAAUCUGGACCGAGGCCCUCAAGACCACUUCCAGUCAUACAUCCCAGAGGACUUUGCAAACUUCGACGUCUACAACGCCACUCUAGGGAGCCGUGUUGAUUCCAAAGAGAGAAGAGAGGUGUCUCGUAGCCCCACCACGAGCAGCUGCACCAGCGGUUACUUUUCCCACAGUGCCUCCAACGCCACGCUGUCCGACAUGCCUUUCACCUCCAGUGAGAGCUCUGAUCACCUCAGCUGCGCCUCCAGGGAUUCCCAUGACCCCCAAGGAUGUCCUUCUGGAAGAGGCUACACACAAAUUAAAGGCGAAGACCAGCAGCCUGUCAGCCCCUCCGCUUCUCGACCUAUCAGUGUUCCUUGUGGCAAGCAGAAAACAUUCCCUCAAAACUGUGUUCUCAGUUGCAGCCAGGAGUUUACGGACUUUAAAGGGGCUGAUGACAUUACUACACAAGAGGAUUUGGACCAUUUUGCAGAGAGAUGGGAGCAGGAAGGUGACGAGAUCUGCACACAACUGAAUAAGAAAGACUCUUCUGAUGACGUUGCGAGUAUUAACAGUUCUGACAACGCCUCGGCUGCUAUACACAAAAAUCCUGUUGCAAGUAACACCACUGUAGUUUACACCUCAGUCAGACCUCCGAAUAUCACCCCAUCUCCAACCUCCGCAUCACCUCCUCCUCCAGCAUCACCGCCCGCAGGCACAGCUUUGUCCAAAGCCCAGACCCUGACAGGAGGAGACCCUCCGUUCCGGGAGCCAGCGCAGGGAGACGUGCCGCUACACGGGAGCCCUUGUCCAAGCCCGAACCCCAGCAGCACAGAACCCUCCGGGGACUCCAGCGGGGAUGAGAGCACCCCCGUCGCCCAGCUCCCAGAUUGGAUGGCGCCCGGAGAGAUGGUGCGGGUCGGGAAGAGACGAGGAACGGUCCACUAUGUCGGAGGGGUGGAGUUUGCCAAGGGAAUCUGGGUUGGUGUGAAACUGGACCUGGCAGUGGGUAAGCACAAUGGUACAGUCCAAGGCAGAGUGUACUUUCGAUGUCCGCCAGGUCACGGCGUGUUUGUGAAACCAUCUCGUCUCUCAAGAGACACGCCCUCCAUGGACACAGAAGCAGCCACGCUGAUCAGAUAAGACACAAAGACUUCAGCCUCAGCUAUUGUUUUACCUUCUAAUGAAGCUACAAUCUAAUCACUGAAUAUGCACAUGCUCAUUAUGCACAUACUUUUCCAUUUGCUGAUGGUUUUUUAAUAUAACUGGGAGUCCAUAUGGAAAUACUAUAGCCACUUCAAGUAUCCUAUUUUUCUACGUCCAUUCAUUAUUCCCUGAGGCUCAUAUGAUGAUUAAUCUGGGAUAUGAAGAUUAAGAAUGUACUACUGUUAAUAAUAAGCAUUGCUAUUUGCAUUCAUGUGUGACAUGUAUGGGGCAACCAAAGAGUUUCAUAUCUGCUGUUAGAAAGGUUGCAAAAGAGGGCUGGAAAAUGUAUUGCAAAUGAAUGGACUAAGGAUUUUAUUUUCCCAUGGGAAUUAAUGAGAAUUUAUGGCAAUCAAUUAGACAACAACAAAAACAUGAUGCACAUUGCAGGGUAGAAAUGAAAAUACCAUAUUGAAUAGGCAAUAUGAUGCUGAAAUGUUUAUCUAACUCCUUUCAAUGAUUUAUUUGUAAUUUUGCACAACUUCUUUCAUGAUUUUAUUUCCUGUAAAUACAUACAAUUCAAGUUAAUUCCCCUGAAAAUAAUUUUGCAGCCUUCAUUUUAAAUUCCACAGUGACCUGAAUAUAAGACGUCCUCUCUUUUUCAAGACCAGAUUUUGAAAACUUUUUUUAAUAUAUACUGUAUAUACUGUGUAUAUAUAUAUAUAUAU